CACCAAUUAUUAACAACAAACUAACAUAGCCAAGAUGGGUGUGUUAACAUUAAACAUCGAAUGCCAUGAAAAGGCUAUCAAGAAAACUAUGCAGUUUGAGCCAAGGACGCUCGUCCACGAUGCUUGCCGAAUGGUUAGGGAUAAAUUAGGUCCAAUGCAUGGAAAUCCCAACGAUUACGGCCUUUUUCGGGUAGAAGAUGACCCAACAAAGUGUGUUUGGAUGGAAAAUGGGCGAACUUUGGAAUAUUAUUUGAUUCGUAAUGGGGACACGUUGGAAUACAAAAACAAAAUUCGGUCACUUCGAGUGAGAACAUUAGACGGGGGAGCAGUUAAAACAAUUUUUGUUGAUGAGUCACAACCAGUUUCUCAAUUAAUGGUUGUUAUUUGCUCAAAAAUGGGUAUCGCAAAUCACGACGAAUAUUCACUUGUUCGAGGAUUUUCCCCUGCAUUAGAUGGAAAUGAUGAGAAUGGCUACGGACGUGAUCAACACCAGCAAAUUCAACGAAAUGACAGGGAAAGAACCCCUUAUUCAAACGGCACAGAUCAAUACGAUGGGGGAACAAGAAGUUAUCAGAAAGGAAAAGGGGGCAUAGAAAAUACUUUUAUGAAUACAAUUGGGCGUAAAAAGGAACGUCAAAUACAACAAUUAAGAGCAAAAUUACACACUGAAGAAGAAAUUCAUUGGGUAGAUCAUUCAAAAACUUUGCGUGAACAAAACAUUGGAGAUAAUGAAGAAUUGACUUUAAGAAGGAAAUUUUUCUUUUCUGAUACAAAUGUGGAUACAAGAGAUCCUUUAUAUAUUCAAUGUCGUGAUGGUGUUCUUCGUGGUUUACAUCCAGUUAGUAGGGAUACGGCAAUUAAAUUGGCAGCGUUGCAAUGUUAUAUUGAAUAUGGGCCUUUUGAAGAAGGAAUACAGAGAAAUGUUGAUGCAAAAAAUUUAUUGCCAAAAGAAUAUUCGAGGGCGAAAGAACUUGAAAAAAAUAUUAUACAGGAAUAUCGUGAAUUAAUUUAUGAAGAUUCUGCUGCCCCAAAAAAGAAAUAUUGUGAAUUAUGUCAAUCAUUGCCAACUUAUGGAGUUUCUUUCUUUUUGGUUAAAGAAAAAAUGCCUGGGAAAAACAAACUUAUUCCACGUUUAUUGGGCGUUAAUAAAGAAUCUGUGAUGCGUGUGGAUGAACGAACAAAAGCUGUUUUGAAAGAAUGGCCAUUAGAACAAGUUCGUCGAUGGGCUGCUUCAUACAAAACUUUCACCUUGGAUUUUGGUGAUUAUAAAGAUGGCUAUUAUUCUGUUCAAACAUUGGAAGGCGAAAGAAUUGGACAACUUAUAGGCGGUUAUAUUGAUAUUAUUUUAAAGAAAAAAAGAAUUGUUGACCAUACUGGAAUUGAAGGAGAUGAAGGAGCUACAAUGGAUAUUGUCGCUCCAGCGAGGGCAACAUUGCUUGCCCAUAGCGAGCCAACACCGAUAAUGGCACAAGAGCCUGGUGGUACAAUGUAUGGAAUUUACAGGCCAGAAGCUGGAACUCCUCCACAGGCACCCCAAUAUGGAGGAGUUAGUGGAAUGAUAUUAGCACAGAGAAUGCCUAAAGGUGAAGACAUUCGCUAUUUGGAUUCUAGAGAAAGGAGCCAACGAGCGCUUGUGGGAACUAUUGAAGCGACUAUAAGGGCUGUUGAAGAAGCUGAAGAGGAAAUUGCCAAACCCCCACAAAUUGAUCUUCCAAGGUUCGGAGAAACUCAACGUCAUUGGAGGGUAGAAGUUGAGAAGGAAUCUGUUGGGGAUAGAUUGGCUGCAAUGGGUGCCGCUACAGCUGAAGUAGUACAACUGACAGCUAUCCCAGAAGAAUCAGCUGUUGAUACUCGUGUAGGGAAUGCAAUCGCCACAAUUGGUUCCAACCUUCCAGAAAUGGGCCGGGGAGUCCGUGAAUUGGCUGCUCUAAUGCCUGAUGAACAUCGUGCUGGGGAUUUAGUAGAUGCUGCUCGAAAACUUUGCAAUGCUUUUGGAACUUUCUUGGAUAAAGUUCACCCAGAACAUCAAGAAAAACGUGCAAAUAUACUUUCUGCAGCUAGCCGUGUUGGUGAACUUUCAAAUGAUGUUUUAAGUACAAUUCAAGAGAGGACAGAAGAAGAGCUUUCCUUCCAUGAUGAACUCAAUAGGAAAGCUCGUGCCGUUGCAACAAGUACAGCACAGCUUGUAUUGCAAGCAAAAACAGUUUCGGCUGAUUGUGAUGACCCUGGACUAAAAGAUCAAGUGAUUCAAAGUGCAAUGAAAACAGCAUAUGCAACUUCGGAAUUGGUUGCAUGUACCAGAGUUGUUGGUCCAACAAUCGAACAUCCACCAUGCAAAGAACACUUAACGGAUGCAGCUCAUUGCGUAGCUAGAGCAGUUCACGAACUUUUGGAAGAUGCAAGCAAAGCCUCACAACAAGCUCCACCUGAAAAAGCUGAAAAUUUUGAGCAUCUUCGCGAAUCUGCUUCACGUGUUACUAAUGCUUUAGAUGAUAUAAUUGGACAUGUGCAAGGCGGUCCUUGGGGAUAUCAUCGGAAAACGCAACAGGAUUACACAUUUGAACAAAUUGUUGAGUCGUCAAAUCGUAUAUUGGCACAUCCUGGAGGUGCUCCUCCCGAAUUAUUCCGUUAUUCUGAAACAGCAAUUCGAAAUUCACAAAUGUUGGUCGAUGGGAUGGAACAGGAAGCUAAUAAACUUGAUUCAGUUCAGCAAAGGGAGAAGUUACUGAAUGCAGCACGUUCGGUGGCGCAAGCAACGAGUUCAAUGAUUGACGCUACAAAAGAAUGUCAAAACCGACCGGGAGAGGCUGAACCGCAGCUAGCGCUUAAAAGUGCAACGUCACAACUUGUUCAGGCAACUAACCAUGCGACGAUUGAUAGACAAAUAAGACAAACAAUACAACAAUUGGAAAAAGUGGCCAAAGAAGUUGCGUCUGCCACUACUCAAACAAUUGCUGCUGCAAAUUCGGCUCGCCCUCAUAUUCACAACGAACAAUUCCUUCACGUUUUAGUCCAAGAAUGUGUAAAUACUGGUAGAUAUGUCCCUCCAUUGGUUCAGAGAAUCAAAGAAAAUCAAAAUGCUAAAACUCCUGUUGAACAUUUUAAGGCGGUAUAUGUUGCUGAAUUGAGAACAGCAGUAAAUAAUGCACAACAAUUAGAUUUUGAACCUUAUCUCGAACAUUCUGAAGAAUUUAUAAAUUCAUUGGAUCACAAAUUACAACAGGUUGCCCAACAAAUUCGUUCAGGAUAUCCAGUUCAACAUUCCUGUUCUUCUCUUGAUAUUGAAGGGACUACAAAUUCUCUGAGAAAACAAUCGAGAUUAUUAAAUUCUGCGGUAGCCCAAAUGGUUUCUGCAGCAUAUGCUUCUGAACGCCGGCGAGUAAGUAUAGCUUCUAUGGAGCUUGUGCAGUCACUUGGAGAUUUUACUGAAUCAGUUACGGACGUCGUUGCUGCACGACAAGAACAAAAAAGGGAUUUAAUUUCUUUGGAAAGUUUAAUUUUGAAUGCGAGGUCUGUAGUCCAUGAUUCAAGCCGUAUUUUUGAUCGUAUUCGUGAGCGUAACUCCCAACAAUUAGAAGAAGCAGCUAGAACGGUAACUGAGUCGCUCAGAAGAACACUAGCUGCACUUCCUGGCGAUGUACACGUUGAACAGGCUAUUGAAAAGUUGCGCAAUCUAACAACAACAUCAAUCUCAUCACCAUCUUCGCCAACAUCCACAAAUCUUCGAGCAUCUGCCAAUCAAUUGGUUGAAGAUGCUGAUCGUCUUCUACAUUGUGUACAUUCUUCAGAAACUGAGAGCCAAAAAGGUGUGGAACGCUUCUCGAACAGCUUUGGACAAUUUUAUUCAAUUAUUGCUGACCUUGCGCAAAGACAAAAUGAACGUAGGAACCAAUCUUCUCUUGAUGGAUUAAUUAAUAUCAGAGAUGAAGCAAUUGAUUUGUUGGACCGAUUCAGAUUUUUACAAGCUGAUAAAAGCAAUAUUUCGUUGUCUCAAGCACUUUCAACAUCCUGCCGUCAAUUUUCUCUUAAUGUUUGGACUUUAGUAGAGCUUGUAGAAACUCAUGGUUCGGGCAGUGCGUGGGUCCGAGAGUGUGAUCAAGCUCUCCAAAAAAUUAAAGCCAUCAGACAUCUCUUCGGCCCAGAAGAAAAAUCAUCAGCACCCUAUACAUUAAGCAUACCUCUGAAUGGAAAUAGUUAUUAUGAGUCUUUAGCUGAAGUUACAAACGAAGCACGAAAUUUAGGAGAUGGAAUGAACGGUUUGGCUCAUUAUGCUAGAAGAGAUGAUACUGAACAACUUUGUCUUGCUGUUCGUAAAGUGGCAGAUGCAGUUUGUGGAUUGGCAAAGAAUGCUGCUCAAUCUGCUUAUUUAAUUGGUGUUGGAGAUACUUCAAGUGAACCUGGACGAGCUGCAAUUUAUGAUGUCAACAAAUAUCAAUAUUCUAUAGAAUCACUUCAGCAGGCAAUUGGUCGUCUAAAUAAUUCGAUUAGUUCUGGUGAUAAACAGCAAUUAUUGGAUAAUGUCUCAACAUUCACUAUGCAUAGUUCUGAUUUAGCCAGUAUUUGUCGUGAUGCUUCAGAAAAAUCUGCAAAUAUUAGUGUACGCUCUAAACUUGUUAAUAGUGCUGUUGAACUGACUAGUAUAACUGCUGCUUUAAUAACUGCAGUUAAAAAUAUUGAUAAAAAUUCGAAUAAAGAAUUUGAUGAGUGUUUACUUCAAAUAAACAAGCUGCGUUCUUCUGUGGAUAAUUUACAAAAGUUUUUGGAUAAUCCCGAUUUUGGACCCAUUCCAGCUAAAAUUUCUGUUGCUGGAAGACAGGCACAACAACCACUAAUUGGAUCAUCAAGAAAAAUGUUGGAUGCUAGUUCUGAAAUGAUUGGAACAGCAAAAGCUUUAAACGAGAAUCCUUCUGAUGCAUCUAUUUGGCAACAAAUUGCGAACAAUUCCAGUAUUGUUUCUGAAUCAAUCAAACAUUUGGUAGCUGCAAUACGUGAUGAAGCUCCAGGACAGGCUGAUUUGGAUCAAGCUAUUAAUAUUCUCAGCCAACUAAUUCAACAAGUAGACAAUGCUUUUAUGGCAGCAGCACAUAAUGAACAACCUAGAGUUGAAGCUACUACGGAAAGUACACAUCAACAAAUAUUACACAGUUUACGCCAGAUGCUUGACAUUAUAGAUCCUUUAAAAAUUGCUGCUAUAAGUCAUGCAGAAGCUAUUGGUCGUAAUGUUCGUCAACAAUUAGCAUCAGCCCAAACAUUGGCUCAAGCUUGUAUUCAAGCUGCAUUACUCUCUUAUGAUUCUCGUACACAAGCAAAUGUAUUUGAACAGUGUAAAACUGUUUUGGAAUCAAGCAUUCAAUUAAUGUUUGCCACUAAAGAUUCUGGGGGUAAUCCAAAGGCUGUGGAGUUACAUACAAUUGUAGAAGAGAGUGCUGAACAACAACAAUCAGCACUUCUUGACUUGCAACGUUUAAUUCAACAACUUGAUUCUGAAAAUGGUUUGGUUAGUGGUCUUAUUGAUGGAAUUUCUCGUUCAAUUGCUGUUGCUGAUAAAACACAACAAGUUUCUCCUGGAGAUUCGUUGGCCGAUAUACAGGCUCGAAUGGUUUCCCUUUUAAAUAUUAUUGGUCAAACAGCGUCAGAUGUCCCACUUUCUAAACCAACUGAAAUGGGCCAACUUUUCCUUCAAUUAGACGAACAUUUUCGGUCUUUGUCCGAAGAUUCACGAGUUGCACAAAGUUUGAUGAGUUUUUCAGAAUUAGGACAAAGGCUUAAAUCAUGCGUACAAAAUUUGGGUAUGGCUUGUAUUGAAUUGGUAAAACUUGGUGCUAGGCGACGAAAUUUCCCUAACGAUCAAAGAAUAUUUAAUCAAUUAUCACAACAAUCAUCAGUUAUUGAAGAACGUAUUCGAGAGAUACUUGUAGUUCUUUCAGAAGGUGCGCGUGGGACACAAGCUUGCAUUAAUGCCGCCCAAACAGUUUCUGGCAUCAUUGGUGAUUUAGACACAACAAUAAUGUUUGCUACGUCUGGAUCUUUGAAUCCACCUACUGCCCAACAUGAAGUUACAGCUGUUUCCCCACCUGUAGUUGAUCACCGUGAUGUUAUUCUCAGAACUGCUAAGGCGCUCUUUGAAGAUACAAAAGCUUUGGUGAGUGGGGCAGCGUCCAAUCAAGAACAAUUGGCAGUUGCUGCUCAAAAUUCUGUUCGCUCAAUUCUUCAAUUAACAGAGGCCGUAAAAAGUGGGGCUUCUAAACUUUCCCCAGAUUCCACAGAAGCUCAAGUCAUGAUGAUUCAUGCAGUUCGUGACGUUGCAUCAGCUCUUUCUAAUCUCAUACAAGCAACAACACAUGCUUCGGGAAGAAGUCCAAACGAUCCGGCCAUUGGAAACUUAAAAGAAGCUGCAAAGGUUAUGGUUUCGAAUGUUAGCAGUUUGUUAAAAGCAAUCAAAACGAUCGAGGAUUCAUCUCAACGAGGCGCUCAAGCAUUGGAAGCAGCGAUUAAUGCAAUUGAUUUGGCUGUUAAGCAAUAUAAUAAUAAUGAAAUGCCUAUUCGUCACGCAGCUAAUGGUGAAGAUGUUAUUCGAGCAAGUCGUGCUACCACAGUUGCAGCAGAGAAAGCUGCCGGUUCUGCCUCACUUUUACACCAAGAAAAUGUUAUUGCAGCGGCAAAUUUGGCCAGACAAUCAGUUGGCGAUUUACUUGGAACAGUUCGAACAGCCUCAUUAAAUGCUACUAAUCCCGAUUUAAAAUAUAAAAUGUUAAAUUCUGGGAGAGAAGUAGCUCUACAAUUAAAGAAUUUGUUGGUUAAUAUUUUACAACUUUAUUCACGUCCUGACCAUCCAGCAACGAAACAGGCUGUUUUAACUGCUGCUAAAGAAAUUUCUAAAUUAGUCGGACAAUUGUCUUAUUGUGGCGAACAGUUACACUCUUCAAGUCCAAAUCCAGAAGAGAAACCUCUACUUUUGGCAGAAAAUGAAUUAUUAGGUGCUGCUAGUUCAAUAGAGGCGGCGUCCAACAAACUUUCACAGAUGCGACCACGUCAAGUUCAUAAAGCCGAUGAGGAUCUAAAAAAUUUACCUUUUGACGAACAAAUACUUUCUGCUGCGAAAUCAAUAACAACAGCUGUGCAAAUAUUAGUUAAGGCAGCUUAUAAUGCCCAAAGAGAACUUAUUUCUCAAGGACGGAUGUCAGAACCAAGUGCAGUUUUGACUAAAGAUGAACAAUAUUGGACUGAAGGACUUGUUUCAGCAGCUACGCUUGUUGCUGCAGCAACUAAUCAAUUAUGUGAAGCAGCCAACGGUGUUGUUCAAGGACACUUUACUGAAGAAAAAUUGAUAGCUGCUGCAAAACAAGUUGCUUCAUCUACCGCUCACCUUUUAGUAGCAUGUAAAGUAAAAUCUGAUAUAGGUAGUUCUGCAAUGCAGCGUCUCCAAAGUGCCGGACAUGCUGUAAAAGUUGCUACCGAACAUUUGGUAAACGCAGCUAGACAAGCAAUUACAGAAAAUGAUUGUCGUGGAUUGGUGAUUUCUGAUAGAAUGGUAACGGGUAUUGCCCAAGUAAUGGAUGCACAAGAAGAAGUGCUUCGAAAAGAAAAAGAAUUGAUAGAAGCUCGAAAUCGUUUAACAAAACUAAAUAAAUCUCGUUAUGAAAAAUCGCCUGAACCAUCACCAGAAAAAUAA